AUGUUUGGACGAAAAUUUAGUUUCAGAAAAAAAUCCAAGAAUUCAUCCAAUGAUGAAAUUAAAAAUAAUGAUGUAAAUCCAAGAGAACCUAGACAUAGUAUUUUUAGAAGAAGAAGUAAAACCUCGUCUAAAGAUGAAAAGAUAUCGAGCGAUUCGAUAACAAAGCCUAAUCCACGAGCCACCUCUAAUUCAAGUUCGUUUGUUCCACCAAGCACAAGAGCUGUAUCAUUGAAUGGACAACAAAUUAUACCACCAAUAAUUGAAGGCCCACCAGCGCUAGAUGGACAACCUACGUAUUACAUUCCGGCACAUACUGCUUCUAUAUCUGGACUAACUAAUAGUGCUACUGGUAUUACUCCCAUAACAUACGUGUGCAGCACUCCUAUUCAAACUAGAAACUCAUCAAUCCAAUAUAAUCCUAAUAGAGGCUCUUGGGGAUAUCCUUCGUCGGUCAUAGGAGACUUUCAUUUUGAUCCAAGAAGGAAGUCUGAAGCAUAUGAGCCUCGUCGACGUUCUAACUUUUUAGCCAACCAAUACGAUAGAGAUCGAAGAAAUAUUAUUUUAAGUUGUUUCAGCAAACCUAAUUCAAAGACCUUUGAAGCACCCAACAAAUAUAUUACACAUGUUAGAAUCACGGAAGACCCAAAUUAUCCAAAUAUUAGACCUCCGCAUGACUUAGGAGUUGAAUAUAGAAAAAACCGAAUAAUAAUUAUAAGUACAAAGCCAUAUGAUAAAAAAAUAGUAGAAGUACAUAAGGCUAAAGAAAUCCAAUCUGGAGUUUUCCGAAUUGGUAGAACUUGGAAAUUAGCUGAAUUAACUUCAAUUGAAAAAGAUGUCGACUCAGAAAAUAGAUUUAUUUGUAGAUUGUCUAAAAAUUAUCAUUGGCAAACAAAUAGUUCAAGAGAACGCACAAUAUUUGUUAAAUCUCUAGUAAACAUUUAUAUGCAGGCAUUUGAUGGCCAUGUGCCUGAAUUAAUAAAUUGGGAUCUUUCCACAUUUUAUUUAGACGAACGAACAUACCAAAAAGCUCUGAUCAAAGGGGGUAGUGAUAGUAAUUAUUCUUCAACUAACUCUACCAUCCAACCUUCCAAAAAUAGUUCUCCAAUAAUGAAAAAGACAACUCCACUAAUUAUUAAGAAAAAUUCUCCAAGGGCAACUCCAAGUAUUAUGCACUCAGUAAACGAAUCAUCUAAUUUAAAAAACCCUAUUCCCUCGGCAUAUAUACCUAAUUCAAACAGUUCUAGUAGCGGGAGUAAUUAUAUCAAACACCUACAAGACUCUGAGAGUCCUACUGAUACUAACCAGCAUGACUCGUUAUCUUCAUAUAGUUUCCUUCCAAGUGCUACUACUACGACUACUAAUGAGGCUCAAAUAAAUAGAUCAAGAAUACCAUCUUCUAUUGAUCCGCUGCUAACCAAUUCUGUUGAAAAUACCGUUUUAGAGAAUGAUGAUGGUGAUGAUGGUGACGAAAAUGAUGCUAGAAAUCUUGAUAUACCUCGAUAUACCGCAAAAGUUGCUUCUCAAAAGGAGAUUACAGGUUAUAGAUCAUUAGGACUAAUAGAUAAAACUAGUAAACAGAAAGAAAAUGACAAGAAGUUAGACACUUUUAAGGAAGCCAUUGAAUUAGAAGAAUGUAAAAAGAAACUUGCCACCUUAAAAUUGAUGCAAAAACAGGAAGAACUUGAAAUUGCCAGAAAAACCAAACAAAUUGAAAUGAUGGCAAAGAGAAAAAAACAAAAUGAUCCCAAGGACAAAAAGAGUCUAGAAGAAGAAUUUAUAGCUCAACAAAAACUUCGAAUACAGGAAAAAAAAUUUGAAGAAGAAUUGAAAAAAUAUCAAGAGCAAAUCAAUAAAAAAAAACUUACUAACCUAAAACGAAUUGAUCGUAUAAAGAAAAAAGAAGCCAAUAUUGAAAAGGACCGAAAGCUUGCUAAGUUAGGGAAAGAGAAGCCUCAAAAGCAUGAAGAGACAAAAUUAAAAGAAAAAAAGUUGACAUAUAAUGCUCAACAAGAAAGGAAAAAAAAAGAAGAAUUACUUAAACAACAAAUUGAGAUCGAACGACUAAAGCUUGAAAAACAAAAUGUUAUUGAAAAACAAUUAAUAGAGGCAGAAAAAAGAAUUGAGCUAGGUAACAUAAAAAAAGCCAAUAUUUCUCCGGAUAUUUAUUAUGAUGUUUAUGAAAAGCCAGAAUCUUUAAUCGGAAAUGAAGACUUUUCUAACGAAGAACAAUCAAUAAAUAAUACUGAUGGGAUGGAAUAUAUACCUGGAGGACAAUCUGAAGAAAGAGAUGCUUUAAGAGACUACCGUUCAGUGGGUACUUCUGAUUGUGACGAUGAAGAUGAAACAACUGAAGAAAAUUAUGUAUCACCAACCAAUACAUUACCUGCAAGCUCCUUAGGAAGAUCUCCAUCCGUCCAAAAGAGAAAAUCCAAAAGUAUUGACACAAAUAGUAUUCCCUUGAGUCAUGUCAACACUGCAGAAUACCUGUUAAAUGGAGAAGUUGUUGAAAGUAAAAAAUCUUUCCAUAAUCUCAGAUCUAUUGAUAAUUCUAUCUCCAGUACUAAAAAUGGAAGGAAAUAUGACGAAGAAAUAGCAGAGGGCGAUCCCUACAACAAAGAUAAUGAUUAUUUCUCAACUAGUAGAAGAUAUGGCACCAAUAAAGAGUAUUUAUAUGAUCUUAAAACCGAUGGGAAACCUUGUAAACUGGGAGAUACGCGCCACCCCCAAAGUACAGCUGCUAAUGAUAUUAACAUGCUCAUGAAACAAGAUCUUUCACCUGACCCAUCAAUAUCUGAUGUAAAUGAGGAAGUAAUGAACCAAUUAGCUAAUGACUUGAACAAUAACGACAAGUCUAGCUCUGUUCUUCUUUCCAGAGCCCUUUUCCAACAGGCAAAAAAUGAACACUCUAAAUCCAACACUAGCAUGUCCACUUUGAAAGACCUCCAAGCUACUUUUCGCAAAAAACAGUCUCAGAGAGCAUAA